GCAAAAUUACACUGUAUUAGUUCCGCAUAAAAGCCGAGGUGACGAACAGACAGACUGUACAAGAAAGUCGCAGACAGACAACAAACCAUGGCGGUGAAUGUCUUUAGCACGAGUGGUACCUCUGAGAACAUGAGCAGACAUGACAUGCUUAAUUGGGUCAAUGACAAUUUACAAACCAACUAUUCAAAAAUAGAAGAAUUAUGUUCAGGUGGUGUUUACUGUCAGUUCAUGGACAUGCUGUUUCCAGGAAAUCUCCCUGUGAAAAAAGUAAAAUUCGUUACUAAGUUAGAACAUGAGUAUAUAGCGAAUUUCAAGCUGCUGCAAAAUUGUUUCAAGAAACUGGGUGUGGACAAGGUUAUUCCAGUAGAAAGACUUGUAAAGGGACGUUUUCAAGAUAAUUUUGAAUUUUUACAAUGGUUUAAAAAAUUCUUUGAUGCCAAUUAUGGUGGAGAAGAAUAUGACGCAUUAGGAAGCCGGCAAAAUCAGGCUAUGGGAGCACCGCCAAAACAAACCACAACACGCUCACCUGCUGCAAAGACCUCCGCCAAACCUGCCAGAUCAGUUCCAUCUUCUCAAACAAGAAGUCCAUCUGGUUAUGGCACCAAACAGACUGCAGUGUCUCGUGCAAAUAACCAUGCAGCAGGAGACAAGGGCUCGGAGAAAGUAUCAGAACUUAACCAAAAGGUUCAGGAUUUACAGCUCACAGUGGAAGGUCUUGAAAAGGAGAGAGAUUUCUACUUUGGAAAAUUGAGGGAUAUUGAAGUGCUGUGUCAGGACCAUGAAGACAAUCAGCAUAUAAAAGGCAUUAUGGAUAUCUUAUACCAGACUGAGGGAGAACAAGACACUGACAACCAUACUGAAAAUUGAAAACACCACACGUGGGAUUGAUGGCUUUGCACCACCAGAAGAUGAAGUUGGCAACGAAAUCGAUAACGGAGAGGAAGAAGAAUAUUAGUUGACCAUCGCUAAAGACUGAUGUAUAUAUUUUUGUGGCCAACCCUCCUUACAUCCAAGUUUUGGACUGAUAUAAUAGGGUGAUAUUUGUUUGAGAUCUUGGAAGGUUGUAAGGAGAGAGUGGUCAGCUGAGGACACUACAGACUUCCUUCAGAUACACACAUUCACACACAGAACGAAAGGAAGAAUGAAUGCAAGGAAAGAAUCUACUUUGACGUGAUAACAUUAGCUGGACAUACUGUAGUGUACCUGGUUCUGUACAUGUGGACACAUUGAUACAGAACGAAUGUAUCUGUCUCUAUGCUAGGGCUUUUUUAGGGUUGGACUGUGUCAUCUAUCAGUAUACAAGGUCAGAAGUGUUAUAAAUAUACCUAGUGCUACAACAUGCAAACAGCAAAUGGUGUUUGCUUCAUGAUUUGUAAUUUUUGUCAAAAUGUUCAUUUUUUUGUGAUAAAGAUUGAGAUCUGUGUUCUUUUUGCUAAUUUCCUGUUAAAUCAAACACUGGUGUAAAUUAUUGCUGUUUUCUACACCGUUAAGAAAACUGCUUAACUUGAUUCCCUCCGUUAUCGUUGUCAGAAAUGUUUUCAGUACACAUGCAUAUUUCGCUAAAUCACAAGAUGGAAAGUCAUAGAAUGAAAUAAUUUGGGUGAUAAUGUGGUUGAGCUCUAUUGAUGUUAAUUCAUCUUACCAUGUUGUCACUUGAACUUGGGAAUGAAGUGGAAUGAAUUAACAUGCAGAACCUUUUCAAUCCCAGAAUUUGCAAUCAACUGCUUUUUGUAGAACCAUUAUUUUCUCUGUGUUAUUGGGUCUUUUUUCAACCAGAUACUAAACAAGGGAUAAGAUUUGUAUUAUUUGUGUGUUGGUGUUCAGUUGGUAGUUGUUUAAGGAAGAGAAUCAUUUUAAUUCUCAAUCACUUUGUUCAUGUAUUGGAAAUUAGAUAUUCGAAGAAUCACAAUAAAUAGCAAAGUAAAAGACAUGUUGGGUAAUUUAAACCCUCGGUGUGAUCACUUUAAAACUAUCAGCUUGAAGCCAAACAUAUUUGAAAAGAUAUUUCAGUAGAUAUGUCUUGAGGCAAGUAUUUUAGUUUGCUUAAACUAUCAAUAUUCAUUGUCUCAAUUAAAGAAAUCCUGUAUUUUGAAACAUCAGGGUAGUCCUAUGACAGUGGAUCUGCACAAUAGUCUUAAUAUUUGCCAUUACCUACUUGAGAAUGCUGAUAAAGAUGCUUCUUCUUGUUGUGAAGUGGGUUAAAAUGCUUCUCUAGAAUUGAGUUUGUUGGUCACUUGUUAUGUUACGCUUGAUGGUGUCUUGUUGAUAGAGAUGACUUGAUGAGAUUUCAUCACUCUGAGGGAGAUGCAUCUGACCUGAGAUGCACAAGCUGAGUUCUGUCGUAUCGGUUGCUUUUUAUACUUUUCGUACAAUUUUGCUUGCCGUUACAACUGGAAAAGUGUAUUGAUGGUUUGUGGAGGCUUGGUCAACAUUUUGGGUGAUGCAUAGUUAUAAAAUGUAAAUUAUUUAUCAUUUAAAUCAAAAUUAGGGUGUCAUUAUAGUGCUAAUUGUUACUGUUUAAAAUAUAUGUGUAUUUGUACUCUCAAAUAUUCAUUAUGCUAAUGGUGUUUUUACAAUCACUGGAUUUUUCCUAAAUGUUCGAUUUUUAAUAAGCUCCGUGAUGUGCUAUACAUACAAGUGAAUGCUAAUAAUUCAGAGCCAAUCACAGGAUUUCCUGUGGCUGUCAAGUUUUUGAAAAGGUUUCUCCUACUUAGUUUAAAGUUACGACUUGCAGAACUGACGGUGAGGCCACUGUAAGUAUAACAUAAAGGUUACAGGAUACAGCAUUAACAUGUUCUAUUUAUAAGUAUUUUAUAAUAUGCAAUUUCGCACUUAAGUAUACCGGUAAAUUGUUUCAUAUAUAGUAUAGGAUUUUUUUUAAACUGAAGGUUUAAUAAAAUAUUGUCUGUUCAAAAUUAAAUAUUGGCAAUGACAGUGACAAUGAAUCUCAAUAUGCUACCAGAUUUUAAAGUUGUUCUAAUUGGUAAGUGUACAAAUUAUUAAUUGCUUCAUUUCUGGAUGGAAUGGUUUUAACUUGGGACAUACAAUUUCUAAAAUUUUGAGAAGCUCGUCAAAUAGUUCAAAUUUAGAAAUUGGAAAUGAAAUGGUAGAUUUGUAUUUAAUGUUGGAAUUGUACAACAUGACAAUAGAAGCUUUUCAUGGUUUGUCAGUAUUUUGAUUACAUUGUCAUUUCAAUCCUAAAAUACAUUUUUGAGAAAAAGGGAAAAUUUAUGGCAUUAUUUCCUUGGUUAUAAAGUUGCAGAUAUUUGCUUUUUUAACAUUUUGCAAAAUUCAUUGUUUAUAGUCAAUAUACUUUAAUCUGAAUACAUUUUAUAUGAUAUUUAUGUACUCGGUUUGUGAUUACCACUUAUGUAUUAUAUCUUAAAGUAAAUAACUGUUCAGCAUGCAUACUUUUGUUUCUCAGUUGAGAAGAAAAUCCUGUAUAAAUGUUAACUUCUUGUUCACAAUUUCAAUGUUUCUAUUGCAAGAAUUGUAAUGCAUAAAGCCAUUUUAAAAUAGCCGAAAUGUUCAAAAAGAGGAUAAUAAUAAAAAAAUAACACCAAAGCAAGAUAUA